AUGAAGCAGGCUUUGAUGUUCCUGAUUCUUACCUUAGGAUGGAGUUCCGGAGAGGUAAACAAACGGGCGCCGCAGAAAAAACGCGCGCUUCCUUCUGAUGUCAGUGAGCAAAUCGAGACGACUCACACAUUCGACACCGAAUGUCAGGAUAAUAAAAACUGGGGUCACAAACAGUUCACCGAGGUUACCAUCACGAAAAAUGUUCCUGUUCCGUAUCCGGUGAAGGUCGAGCGUCACGUUCCCAUUCCGGUGAGGGUGCCGUUUCCGGUAGCUAUUCGCCAUCACGUGCCCAUCCUUGUCCAGCGGAACAUUCCGAUCUACGUGGAAAAACCGAUACCAGUGCAAGUGGAUCGGCCAGUGCCCUAUCCGCUGCCGAUUGAAGUGCCUGUUUUUCAUAAAAUGGCAGUGGAGGUACCGAAACCAUAUCCAAUACAUAUUCCAAAACCAUACCCAGUGUACAUACAACGACACGUGCCCCAAACGGAGAUGUCGCCAACCAAGCGCGUUAAGAAGAACACGGUGAAAGUACUGCGAUAUAGGCAUUGA